AUGAAGACAGAGACUGUACGCAUUCAUUCAAAAACUGCAUGGAUCCCUAGGACUCAAAUACAAUUUUGUAUGAAAAUACCGCAAAAUUCCUUAUUGAGCGUUCAACUUCUUACAAAUCGGAUAUUCAUGCAACGCAUUGCAAAAGAAAACGGUCGCAAUAGUGGCACACCAGUGUUAAUUUCAAAAUACAAGCUAGUCGUAAUGGAAAAAUUUGAUGUCAAAAAGCUGGAUCCACUCUUAAUGACGCCUUUGGAAAUUGUAUAUGAAUUAAAGAAGCUAACAUGUUUACAUCUGCAGGGUUCAUGCACGCAAGUUAAUUUUAUGCUAACAACGGCGGAAAUAUUGUGCGGAUAUUCAUUUUCCGAUGUUAUCAAUAAAGCAAAAAGUACAUCGCACGUUUUCGGAUAUAUUAUCCAGGUUAUUAAAGAAUUUUCUCAGAAUCAGCCAUCAUUUGUCUCCAAAAGGCACAAGUUUCAUUCAUUGAACUCGGUUAUCAAAUGUGAUUAA